UAGCCGCUUCUUGUGUUAUACAUAAUUUGUCUUUUUAUAAUGUCUCAUAUAAAUAAAUUAGUUCAACACUAUUUUUAUAACCCGGAUACAAAAACAUUUUUUCCAUAUAACAUUACUGAGGAGCAACAGAAACGAAUGAAAGUAGAUAAAGAGUUUGCAAAAAGUGUAUAUGAGGAAAUAAAAAUGAAGAUAGCAAGAAAAAAUAACCAAAAUGAAAAUUCUGGUUGCUCGUCAUCAGGACAACAUAUAGACGAUGUUUCCAUUGAUAAUUCACUUCCUGCCACUACAACUUGCACGAGGAAUGAUUUUGUCAUUCCAAGUGAAAUUUUUGAGCCAUUUGAUAAUAUGCCAAGUGAGUGUUCGACAUCAAAUCAGUAUGUACAUUCAACUUGCGAUGAGGAAUAUGAAGUGAAUUUUCUCCCAUUAUGUAGUGCAGAAAACAAUAAAUGCACCAACACCAAUACAUAUUUACGUCAAGCUUCUAAUAUUGAUGAUAAUCCUAUCAAAGCUACUACAUCGAAACGCAAUAAGCCUUCUUCAGGAAAAGAUAAAUAUUAUUGGCAAUACCAUGAUACAAAACUGCUCAUUAGUAGUUACGCUCUUCACGCUCAGGAACAAUACCAUCCCGUACUAAGAAAUCACUUUUGGGAAAAUAUAGUCAAUGACCUUGUCAGUCACGGUCAUAAUGUUGAUAAAGAUUUAUGUGCUAAUAAAUGGAAUAAUCUACUCAGAACUUACAAAACUUGCAAGGAUAAAUCAGGACGAGAGCCUCACAAGUUCGCUUUUUGGCAAGAAAUGGAUGAAGUUUUAGGAGAUAAGCCAACCAAUUCAUCUUCAUUCACAUUGGGUUCUCUGAAAAAGGAUUCUGCAGAUCGUGAAAAUGAUAGUGCCUCGUUAAAUGUGAGUAUUGAUAGCUUGAAGAAAACUGAUUGUAAACAAACUAAAAAAAUGGCCAAAGAAAAGGGGAUGAAGAAAAGGAGAAAGAGUAAUUAUGAGUCAAAUGAAAAAAUUGAAUUAAUGAGAGAAAAAAUGGCAAUUGAACGUGAAAAGAUUGCUUUCAAAAAAUCAUUUGCUAAAGAUUUUUUUGCUUUAGAAAAAACAAAAACUACCUUAAUGGGGAAAUAUUUUGAUUUAAAGUCAAAAAAAGAUUAAAAAUCGAUUGCCAUUU